GCCCCACUAGCGUACUGGUACCUGACAGCUGCCUGGAUCAUGAUGGGAUGGUGCGAUCCGGUUGACUGGAUUGCCGGGUCCCACUUACCAACAAUUGAAUCUGACCACGACAUCUGGAGAUAAUAGACUGGACCCCUAUUUGUAGAUACGUAUUCGUACUUUAGCGUUACAAGGUAAGUGCAAUACCAAGAAUUGUUUACAAGAAUUGUUUAUAAUCACCAAAUUUCGCUUCAGCUCAGCUGUGAAGGAAACCAAAAAUAAACCAUGUUAUAAAAAAGGGAAGAGAUAGCUUGCGCAAACUUCCCCUUCCUUUACCUCCCCCCCUCCCCCUUCUUCAAUUCCAUCGGUGAACCCUUCCUUUCACCUCAGAACCACAAUAUAAUACCUAGCUAGUCAUGGCGCCCAAAAAGAAGUCCUCGGCGUCCUCGCCGCAAAGCAAAAGUAGCUGCAGCUGCAGCCUGACUCGGAUCCUCACCUUCGUCGGGAUCCUGCUCGGCCUGUUGGCGCCGAUUGUGUACCUGGUCGAGCAGAACCUCGAGAAGUUCUACAUCUUCGGGCUCGACGAGCUGCACGGCCUCGCGCAGCGCGGCGUCGCGGCCCACGGCAACGACACCGCCAAGAUCGUCGAGUACAUCGUCGCCGAGCUGCACGAGAACCACCCGGCCCACGUCAACCCGAAGUGGAACGUCCAGGAGGAGUGGGUGUUCAACAAUGCUGGCGGCGCCAUGGGCGGCAUGUACAUCAUCCAUGCUAGCAUAACCGAAUACCUGAUCAUCUUCGGGACCGCCAUCGGUACCGAAGGGCACUCCGGUCGCCACACAUCAGACGACUACUUCCACAUCCUCUCGGGAGAGCAGUGGGCGUACGUACCCGGCCAAUUCACGCCGGAGAUCUACCCCCCCGGCAGCGUGAACCACCUGCGGCGGGGCUCGGUGAAGCAGUACCGGAUGCCGGAGGGCUGCUUCGCGCUCGAGUACGCGCGCGGCUGGAUCCCGCCCAUGCUCUUCUUCGGCUUCGCCGACUUCUUCUCCAGCACCCUCGACUUCCCCACCCUCUGGGACACCGUCUGGAUCACCGCCCGCGAGAUGGUCGGCAACCUCCUCAUCAGGAAGUUUUAAGAUGGCUACCUAGGUAACUUAUCUGCCUUCCUUGGCAGCCAUAAAUAAGUAGGUGCUUAAUGUGUGAGAAUAAAAGGGGGAGAAACUUGGCUUGGAGAUAUUGCAUCUAUGUACUCCGAAGGAAGCCUUGCAAUUUAAGAGCAUCUUAAGCAGUUAGAAAGCGAUGGGUCUUAGCACGCAUUUCGCGUCCUCUAAUAAUAAUUCAAACCUAGGUAUAACAGAUUUACCUAAUAGUGACCUUAUACUUAUC